AUGCUGAUGUGGACAAGUUCAUAGAACAAAAUUAUUUUAAGCCAUUUCAAAAUAAGCAUUUUAUGGUAACAAUGAAGCAUCACUUUUUUGCGUUUGUUGCAAGUUCCUCCCAAAAAAACAUGAAAAGUUAUCAAGGUGGUGAUGCUUCUUGUUCUCAUCACAAAACAUUACAAAACCACUCAAUUUCUCUCUAAUUUGAAAUGGUUCGUCGUCAAAACGACUCAGAUUUUGGUAGGUUAACGCUUCUCGUUCUCUUCUUGAUAGGCACAAUCUCAUGUUCGAUGGUGUACCUUUAUCUUACGGUGGUCUUUAGGUCGAACACUGCGUCCAUUUCAUCAAUGCAGGAGGGAUUGGAUGAAACGGUUGAUUUUGAUGAUUGGUUGAGUGGUAAAGAGGAAGAAGAAGAAGAACGAGGACGGUGUUGUAGAGGGAUUGAACAUUUGGAACUUUGGGGUGAUGCUGUGAAAUGGGGUUCUGAAUUUAGGAUAAAUUCUUCAGAGGAUUGUUGCAUGGCUUGUAAGAAUAUGUGUCGUGGAGAUGGUGGUCCUUGUUUGUGUAAUUCUUGGGUUUUUUGUGGUGAUAAAGAUGCAUGUGGAUCUAGAUUUGGUGAGUGUUGGUUGAAAAGACAAAGAGAUGCGUUAAACCCUGAUCGACGAGACUCAGGAGAUCAUGUUAUGUGGACUUCUGGAUUUGUCUUUCACAAAGAAGAGGGAGUCGUUGGUUUGGAAACUGACUACGGAAUUCUUCGUAUAAAACUUUUGCCCGAUUGUGCUCCACAAUCAGUUGCCUACAUUCUUGAUCUGUUGGCAUUGUCUCAUUGUGUUGGUUGCCAGAUUUAUCGUGCCGAAAGCAGAGGAAAUUUUUGGGAUGCACAAGGAAACCACAUAAAAAAGGCUCCAUUUGGCCCUCCUUUUGCAUUAAUUCAAGGAACAUUGGAAUCUCAUGGGUCUAUAUUCAAGGAUAUUCCAAAAGAACAUUGUCCUGCCAUAAAAAGAGGAUAUGUGGGAUGGGUUGAUUCUGGUCCAGAGUUUUUCAUCAGCCUCGUUAAUCAUGAGGAAUGGAGAAAUGCACACACUGUAUUUGGCUAUGUUUUAUCCGAAGAUUUGAAAAUUGUUGAAAAAAUUGCCCAACUUCCAGUUAAAUCGGAGAUUUGGAAUAACAUUGAUGUCUCUCUCUUGGAGAAUCCGAUCGUAUUACGGUUUCGGAGAAUAAGCACAAAGUCUUAAAUCCUCAAAGUCUAUGUCCGGACAUGAGCCAUGAGGUGCUGAAUACAUUAGAUUGUUCAUUGUUCCACUCAAUCAUUCUCUCGAAACUAGUGCGUAAACAGGGAUCAUAUAAUUAAGGUAUUCCAGCACCAAAUUUAUAGGUGAUUGCAAAUCAAAUAGAGUUGAGUAUGCUUCAACUAGUUUGAUAGAUACAUGACUUUGAUGGUUUUUCUUCAUUUGUUUUUCAUUCUUUUCCUUUGAUGAAAUUGAUAUAUAGUUGUAAAAGAAAAGAAUGCUUAGAGUUAGAGGAAAUGAAAAUAGGUUCAGGAUACUAGUUGAUGUCACCAAUUUACAAUCAUUAUGAGAUCUUAAAUUAGUGGAUAUUUCUUGAUUCAUUUACUAAGAUGAUGUAGAAUUUUUUUGA